CAAGGAAAACACAGGAACAUGAUCCCACCCCCACGGCCGAGGGGCCCGUGUUUAUCCUGGAGGAGAACCCAGCCCAGCCAGGGGCCCCUGAGCUGAUUCCAGAGCUGCCUCCCAGCCGAGAGCCGAGUCCCGCCGCCGUGCCCGGACCCCAUGGCGCUGGUGCUGGGAGCCGUGCUGCUGGCGGCGGGCGCCGCCGUGCCCCCGGGGCUGCCGGCCCCCCGGGACCUGGCCCGCUCCGUGCUGGAGACACACGGGCAGGAGCUGAAGCUGCUCAAGGUGCUGGCAGUCACCAGGACGACCUUCGACUGGGGAACCCAUUUCAGCCUCAACUUCACGGCCCGCCGGCCUGCCUGCCCCCGGAGCCUCCCCGAGCGCCGCGGUGCCAGCUGCCAGCCCCGGCCAGGCAGGGUGCAGCAGUGCCGGGCACAGGUCUCCGUCUUUGCCUUCCUCCCUGACGUGCCACUGUCGAUGGUGGAGUGCGGCCAGGAGCCGGUGAGGCCCCCAGGUGCCCCCACCCUUGGCACUGGGGACAGCAGUGGGGACGUGUCCCACACGCUGGGGACAUUCUCUGGCUGCAGGGUGAAGCCCACCCUCAUUUCUCCCUCCCAGCAGCCCGGUGGCAGCGCCCAACCUCGUUCCUCCAGCAGCCCAGGUCACCCAUCAUCAUCAUCAUCACCAUCAUCCUCCUCAAGGCCACCACCACGGCCUCACCACCCUGCUGGCCUGUCCCCCCCAAGGACCCCCCAUGGUCCCCUGUCCCCAAAGGAGCUGCAAUAAAGCUGGCUGGGGGUCGUGUGUGAGCGUGUGUGUGGGGUG